CGGACGAUAUCUUUUUUUGUAUUUGGAAUAGGUUCCCUCGAUUUUUCGCGGAAUUCGAGAAGACCUUGUUCAAAAGAGUCACGCACGAGCUUCUAUGCCCAACGAUUCAUUCCGGCUUGAGUCCUCAACAGAAUCACUCAAGUGCUUGUCUCCAGUAUCAGUCCGUUCACAGCUCCGAGGAUCGGCGAACCUCGUUGGAAUCGGCAGUCAAGAUCGACGGCCAAUUUUGGGUUUGGACAAUCUUCCUUCGACUGGAGGGGCUUCGUGCAUCCCUCGUCUGGGUUGCCCACUUCGCAUACUGCCGGCCGAGGAAAUCGAGGCCCCCCGCAGGAGGUCACGGAUGACACGGGAAAGGAACGACAGGGGCAGGAGUUUGAAAGGUCGAGAGCGCUGGCCAUCCCGCUCGUGUUCGGCUAGCCGCCCGGGAUGGUGUUGGUCGUAGCUCUCACUCGUUCCAGCGCCUGCAGAGCGCUGAUAUUACGAUGUACCUCCCCAAUCUCUUCUGACCAGAACCGACAUAUCCGGUCAAGCGCUCGCAGCGUCAUUUACGACCCGAUAUCUCACCUGCGAAGGCGUCUAGAUGCCCACCAGCGGCUCCUGAAUCCGCAUAAUUACAUUCGCGCCUGGCAAAUCCUAGGGAGGGUAAUGAAGGAUACUCGAUACGCCAAGCAGUUGACUUUGGAAGACUUGCAGAAAGCUUUUUGGGCGACUCGCAGAUGCGUAACGCUCACAGGAGUUGAAAAGCUUCGCCGGGUUCAGGAGGUGAUAGGCCGGCUACCGAGAUCUGACUCGAUGCGCAAAGGCGUGUUUUACCCUGAGCUUGCCCUCGAGCCCAUUUCGAAGAAUGGCGUUUGUUUGUCGGACGUCGUAGCAAGAUCGGAAGCUAUGCCUCUAAGCGCCUACCGAGCAACACUGAAAAUUUAUGGCAAUGAGCCUACUAGGGAGAAUUUCGAACAAGUUUGGACGACAUUCGACCGAGUACUGACCCCGUCGAUCCACCGCGGCGCACAGUGGAACGAUGUUCAGUCCCCUAGCAUGCGGGACAUUCAUGCUAUGCUCUCCAUCAUCAAGCGCUUCACAUCUCUGGCGGCCGGAGAGCGCUUAGGCCGCACGCGAGCCGUUUUACGUAAAAUGCGGCGUAUGGGGCUAUCCUGGGAUACAUACUGCUAUCAAGUCUUUCUGGUAGCUUCUGUGCAUCAUAUCAAACUGUCGGAGUUUGAUCAGAUACUUUCGCGCAUGCUCGAUCAGCAAUUGAGACCUGGAUUGACUUUCUACUCUGCUGUGAUAGAGGCGUUGGUGCGGAUCGGAAGAUACCGCGAGGCUAUCCGGAUUUAUCUUAGAAUGCUGGAUAGUGGAAUUGAUGCAGACAAUUAUUUGCUAUGCAUCAUGAUGAGGGCUUUUCACUCAAUUGGGGAUACCAGUAACGUUGCGCAUGUGGUCCAGCUCGCCAAUGCAGGAUCUUCUCGGUACACUUCAAAGGAGCGUCUUCAGACAGUCCGGCAAUUGGCCUCGCUCGGGCUCCAAAAGGCGGUCAAGGAGUUCACUCGCAGAUGCUCGUCAAACGACAAAGCACUGAGGGCAGCGCUGGGCACUCAAUCCUCAUUCUUGGCGAAAAAGCAACACAGAAUCCGCAACCGCGUGCGAUUCGUCAAAAGCUCGUGGUUUCACUUCACAAGAUCUGCUCUAUGGGAAAAGCCAGAUUCAUUCGGAAUUAACGUUCGUUUGAAGCAGUUAUACGUCCAGCACAUCACACAGCAGACACGCACCCCAUCCAAGGCGCUCCGCGAAUUGAUUUAUGCGGGCUACAGGCCACCUGCUGGCACCGUCAUGUUGAUUGCGUCGAACUACGCGAAACGGCAGAGAUUUCAAGAGGCGCAUACUUGGGACAAAUUCGGGAGGCGAUUGGGUUAUCCCGUCGAUGUCAGGGUGAUUUACGCUCUGAUAUCGGCAUACGCACGGGCUGGGAAUCGGGAACAUGCCUACGUGCUGAUUGAGCGUAUUCGCAGCCAGAAUUUGAGUAUGGCUAGAAUUCCGUUCGGGCCGCUGAUAGCGAUGGAAGCCCGUAUGCGACUCGAACCGGAGGACGAUGCAGAGACUAAAGUGUCGGCGGAGGAGGACCAGUGGGCGGCGAUCCGAUCCCUAGCAGCAGAAGCACGGUUGCAGAUGUCGCACCGCGCCUUACUUGUGGAAUGGAAGUUCGCUGCACAUGAGUUGAUCCGGUCCGAGCGGUUCACGCAUGUACAAGCUGUCCAUGCGAUUCUGUUCCCGCCACGUACCAAAAAUCGAGCUGCGGCAUCUGGUCUUUGGUUCCGACAUGCGCUGGAAGGCUUCCUGGUGACGCAGGAGCACGCGCAAGGCUGCGAGUUCUUCCGACUCGCCGUGAAGUCAUUCCCAAAUCUGGAAUUGAGCGAGAGGUCAUUGGCGGUCUAUCUUCUACUUCAACCCUCACUGAAAGAGCUCAAAACGGCUGUCGAUGAAGUGAUUGAGAUCCGAAAACGCUCCAAGACCCGUUUGUUACCGAAUGACAGCCUUCGCGACUCAACACAUACCCCACUCAGUGGGAACGGCACGGACCCGGUUCACUCCCCUCUUACGCCCAGCCUCUACGGGUCAUUUAUCCAACAAAUGAUUCGAUUGCACGACUCGCGGGACCGCUCCACCAUCUCUCUUGCGACCGAUCUGAAAGGGAUGGAGCAGAUGGGUGUGCAACCGAACCGGACAACGUAUUUCAGGAUGUUGCGCGUGUUGAGGCAAUCGGGCCAUUAUGCGGAGGCGAGCGCGAUCGAGACUUUCCUGCGGCGGGAGUCGAGGGAGAUUGGUGACAUGGUGUCGGAAUCGAUUGUGAGGGGGCCGGUGGCGGGGGAGAUGCACAGACAGCAUGGAAGAUGGCAACGGUUUGUCGACACAGAGUUACUCGAUGAUUGAUUGGGCUGGGACGACAGGCGCAUUGAUCAGCAGUUUUGGGCGUAUUCGAGAUGGAAUCGUAAUUUCGAACGCAUGGGGGGAGCGGGGCUUGGAAGUGAUAGGCGGUAUAAGAGUAGAAUAGAAUGAAAGGCAACUAGAUUUUUAUUAUUAUGAAUGAAAGUGAGAUAU